AUGCUAUCAAAGAACCAGACUUCUGUAAAAGAAUUCAUCCUCAUCGGUUUCUCUAACCCUCCAGGAGUACAGAUUUUUCUCCUCACACUCUUCUUGCUGGUCUACAUAAUGACCAUUGCUGGAAACAUUAUGAUCAUCACUAUUGUCCAGCUUCACCAGCAGCUCCACACUCCUAUGUACUUAUUCCUCAGUCACUUGGCCUUGAUUGAGAUUGGACAUAUGACUAAUACCAUCCCCAAGAUGCUGGUGGACUUCUUAAAAGAGAACAAGGUUAUCAGUGUUGUGGGUUGCUUCACACAGCUUUAUUUUAACCUCUUCCUGGGGCUGACAGAAAACUUCCUGCUGGUACUCAUGGCUUAUGAUCGCUACUUAGCUAUCUGUAAACCUCUGAACUACACCACCCUAAUGAAUGCUAGAGUUUGCAGACAUUUUGCCCUUGGGUGCUGGAUUGGAGGGUUGCUUGCACCUGUGUUUCCAGUGAUUAUGCUCUGUAGGCUGCAUUUUUGUGAACCCAAUAUAAUCAACCAUUUCUUCUGUGAUCUAGCUCCGGUUCUGACUCUUCCAUGUGGGAACAAGUCAUUCACUGAAUUGUCCUUCUUUAUGUGCAUUUCUUCAAUGGUGCUGGGUUGCUUUUCCUUGAUAGUAUUGUCUUACACUAAAAUUAUUGCCACCAUACUGAGGAUACCAUCCCCCAGAGGAAGGCAUAAAGCAUUUUCCACUUGUAGUGCACAUCUUGUUGUUGUAUCCAUAUAUUAUGGCUCUGUCAUGUAUAUGUAUGUUAGGCCUUCAGUGAGGGACAUCCGCAAUUCAGACAAGGUUGUAUCUGUCUUUUAUUGUGUGGUGACACCAUUUCUGAACCCUUUCAUCUAUAGUCUGAGGAACAAUAAGGUUCAUGAAGCUUUCAAAUUAAUGAUUGGUAAGAUAAAAGCUACAAUCUAA